AUGGAUUUAUUCAAAACUAAAUUAUUGAUAUUCGUCUUGUUUAUUGUUCAGUGUAAUGCUAUACCUCGUUUCGCCAACUAUAUUCAAGAUCAUAUGGUACUUCAACAAGCUCCACAAAGAGCUGUUGUGUGGGGAUUUGGAGAUACAAGCAAAUUGACUACACUUCGGAUGGAUGAUAAAAUCUAUACGACUAUCAGUGGUGCAGAAUCUGUCAACGAGCAAGAUGAAAGUAUUUGGUCAAUAACGCUUGAUCCUGUCUACGAUGAAGGACCAUUUGAUAUUCAUGUUUCACAACCAUUAGCGAAUGGAACUCUGGUGACAAUUACCAUUCACGACAUUCUGUUUGGUGAUGUUUGGAUUUGUUCAGGACAAUCAAAUAUGCAACUUACAGUGAGUCUCAUUCAUAAUGCAACAGAGGAAAUUGUCAAUGCUGGUAAGUAUCCGAAAAUUCGAGUAUUCACUGCUGAUCAAGAAGUAUCAGCAAUGCCACUCGAAGAACUACGUGGUAUUCGAUUAAACUGGUCAGUGGCAUCACCUAACAGCAUCGGUGGACCAAAUUGGAACUAUAUGUCCGCUGUUUGUUGGCUCUAUGGUCGUAUGAUUCAUGUUGCCUUAGGUGAGCGACCUAUUGGACUAAUUGCUUCGUCGGUAGGUGGAACACCUAUUGAACUUUGGAUGCCACCGAAAGCACUGCAAGAUUGCGGAAUCCCACCAGAUGAUAGCGUAAUAGUAAAAUCAUGGAAUUUCUCUUCUACAGAAACAGCUUCUAAUCACUCGACUUUGUUCAAUGCGAUGAUCUAUCCAUUUAUGCGUACAGUCAUCUACGGAGCUAUAUGGUAUCAAGGUAAAACAGUCGAUAGUUUCUUUUGUGUAUCAUUGAGCAUAUCUAUUCUUGUCUCCAAUGAAGGUGAAGCGAAUAGGGACUAUAAUACUCAUAAGUAUGCCUGUUCAUUUUCAAAAAUGAUACAAUAUUGGCGAGAAUCGUGGAAUGAACGUACCAAUAAUAUUACAGAUAUUCAGUUUCCAUUCGGCUUUGUUCAAUUGUCGACAUUUGCGAAUAACAGUGAAUACAUUGGUAGUUAUCCCGAAAUUCGUUGGCAUCAAACAUUUGACAUCGGUUAUGUUCCUAACAAUGUUGUUCCAAAAGUAUUUAUGGCCGUAACAUUAGAUUUACGUGAUGAUCCUAAUGGUGAUCAUCCUCGCUAUAAACACGAUGUGGGAUAUCGUUUAUCACGAUCAGGUCUUGCCAUUGCUUACAAUCAGCAAGUCGAGUAUCAAGGACCUAUUGUACAAACUAUCGUUUAUUUCAUUGGUAGUCAAACGAUAAAUAUUACUUAUACAGCUGUAUCAAACAUUGAUUUACGUAAUCCAAAUGGAUUCGAGAUUUGUUGUCAAGGAAGCAAAUGUGCUAACGAUAGUUUAUGGAUUCCAAUAACUAUUUCAAGUCGAGUUGAAUUGACUAUCACUUUGUCAAUUCCUAUUUCAUGUAUUGGACAACAGUUGUAUGGUAUUCGAUACCUCUGGCGUGAAACGCCGUGCCCGUUCAAACAAGCAGCGAUCUAUAGUUUUACAGACCCUAAUUUACCUUCGCCACCGUAUUUGAAAUUAUUUUUGACGGACCGUCGAGAAGUUGAAAAUAACAUUUUUACAUAUAAGCGCUGA